AUGGCUGGUCCUGGUCUUAAGGAGGCCACAUCUCAGACAAAAAAAAAAAAGAGUGGGCCAGUGCAGUGUGUGUAUUAUCCAAAGGACAAAAUCAGAGACGUGAAAGGGGAUGUGGUUGGUACGGUUGACAUUAGUUGCACACUUCCACAAGCAACCAAAGAUAAAUGA